UUACCCACGGAUGCAUAGUCUCCACAAUCAAAUUGUUUCUUCCAGAUGGAAUGGAAGCUCGAUUGCGAUCAGAUGUCAUCCAUGCUCCAUUGCCAAGUCCUGUUGACAAGGUUGCUGCUAACAGUCCCAGUAUGUAUUCUCAGGAAUUGUUUCAGCUUUCACAGUAUCUACAGGAAGCCUUACAUCGGGAACAAAUGUUGGAACAGAAGCUGGCAACCCUUCAGCGACUACUUGCUGUCACGCAAGAGGCUUCAGAUACUAGUUGGCAGGCUUUAAUAGAUGAAGACAGGCUGCUAUCGAGACUGGAGGUUAUGGGAAAUCAAUUACAGGCAUGUUCAAAGAAUCAAACCGAAGACAGUAUACGAAAAGAGCUGAUAGCAUUACAAGAAGACAAACACAACUAUGAGACAACAGCCAAAGAGUCCCUGAGGCGGGUCCUUCAGGAGAAAAUUGAAGUGGUCAGAAAACUGUCCGAAGUGGAGCGGAGCUUAAGUAAUACAGAAGAUGAAUGUACUCACCUGAAAGAAAUGAAUGAGCGGACUCAGGAAGAAUUAAGAGAAUUAGCUAAUAAGUACAAUGGAGCUGUAAAUGAGAUUAAAGAUCUUUCUGACAAACUAAAGGUAGCAGAAGGAAGACAAGAAGAAAUACAGCAGAAAGGACUGGUUGAGAAAAAAGAAUUGCAGCAUAAAAUAGAUGAAAUGGAAGAGAGAGAGCAAGAGCUUCAGGCAAAAAUAGAAGCUUUGCAGGCUGAUAAUGACUUCACCAAUGAGCGGCUAACUGCUUUACAAGUACGGUUAGAGCAUCUUCAAGAGAAAACUCUUAAAGAACACAACAGCUUAGGCAUACAAGUUGACGACUUCAUACCUAAAAUUAAUGGGAGCACAGAGAAAGAGCACUUUCUUUCAAAGAGUGGAGGGGACUGCACUUUUAUUCAUCAGUUCAUAGAAUGUCAGA